UCCGCCGCCCGCGCGCUGCUCUCCCCGCUGCGCGCAGCGGCCGCGUGGGCGAGCGGGGUCGUCGGGGGCGGCGCCGCCUCCUCCUCGCCCGCUGCUCGCUCGGCGAUCAACCGGACCACGCUGCCGGACGGGCGGCGCGCCCUCUUCAUGUUCUGCUCGCCGACCGUCGCUCCUCUGGACUGCAACCCCGAGGCCAAGGCGCUCGUGGCGGCGGGGCUGCUGCCCGCCUCUCCGCCGCCCCUCGCCGGCGGCUCCUUCUCCGACUUGCGGCGCGCGCUCGAGGAGUGGCGGCCGCACUUGUUUUGGUUCGCAGGGCACGGCGACACGCGGCUUGUCGAUGGCGACUCGACGAUCGGCUUCUCGGCGCCCGACGGCGCGCUGCAGCUCGUCUCACCGGCGGUGAUCGCCGCGGCGCUGCGGCAGCACGUGCCGCUGCACGGCGGCGACCUCGAGUGCGUCGUGCUCAACGCCUGCUCCUCCGGCUUCGGCGUCGGAUCGCUCGGCGAGAUGCUGCACCGCACGUCCGUUCCCUGCGUCGUCGGCUGGACCACGCGCGCGCACAACAUCGCGUCGGCCGUCUUUGCACUCGGUUUCGGCGCGUGUGUGGCGAGCGGGCGCACCUACCCGGAGGCGUUCGAGGGGGGCGUGCUGGCGGUGCGGCGGAGCUGUACCGUGUCAAAGUCGGCCCCGGCCGCGGCCGCCUCGCCGCCGGCGUGCCGGACAUCCGCUCCCACCCUCCCGAGGUUUCGUCAAAGUCGAGGCGCGGCCGCCGCACGCGCCGCCCACGCGCCGCCUCCGCCGCCCUCGCCGCCGCCGCCGCGCUCGCGAUCGCGCUCCUCGCGCCGCCGCCGCAGCAGCCGCCGCCGCAGCCGCUGCUGGUUGGCGACGCGGCGAGCGGCCGAGUCGGCCUCGACGCCUCCGCGCUGGCGGCGCUCCGCUCGUCGCCCGGCCCGAUCUGCUCGGUCGGGAUUGCGGGGCCGUCGGGCGAAGGCAAGUCCGCUCUCGCAAACGCGCUGCUCCACUCCCUCUCGCCGCCCGCGCCUCCCGACUCGACCGCCGGCAGAGGCUUUGGUCUCGCGCACCUCCCUUCGGACCCGUACGCGCCUCCGUCCGUGGCGAUGUGGCUGAGACGCGGCGGCGGCGGCGGCGGCGGCGGCGGCGUGGCGCCGUCUCUGCUCUCUUCCCCGCUCGCGGCUGUUGCGAGGGGCGUGUCGCUCGCGCUGCCGGCGCCGCUGCUGCCGUCGUGGCUCGUCGACCUCUCUGCGCGCGCGGUGCUGCGGGCGGCGUCCGCAGGCGAGGAGGGUGGCGAGGGGGUUUGCGGGUCGACGCUCGUGCUUGACGCGUCGGGACUCGGCGUCGCGCCGCCCGCUGCCAGCGGUGCGAC